GCCCUGCCAAGGAAGAACUGCUCCUGUGUAUGAUUCCGGCGCCGCCGAAGUACAAGACGCCGUUCAAGUGGCCGCAGAGCCGCGAUUACGCGUGGUACGGUAACAUCCCUCACAGAGAGUUGAGUAUCGAGAAGGCGGUGCAGAAUUGGAUUCAGGUGGAAGGUGAUCGGUUCCGAUUCCCCGGCGGCGGCACGAUGUUCCCCCGCGGAGCGGAUGCCUAUAUUGAUGACAUUAACGAGCUCAUUCCCCUCACUACCGGGAAGAUCCGGACCGCCAUUGAUACCGGCUGUGGUGUAGCAAGUUGGGGUGCUUAUCUGCUGAAGAGGGACAUCUUGGCCAUGUCCUUUGCCCCUAGGGAUACCCAUGAAGCUCAGGUUCAAUUUGCCUUAGAGCGUGGAGUUCCCGCCAUGAUUGGCGUCAUGGCCUCUCAAAGGAGCCCUUACCCGGCCCGGGCUUUCGACAUGGCCCACUGCUCCCGUUGUCUCAUCCCUUGGGCCAAAAAUGACGGAUUGUACUUGAUCGAACUCGACCGAGUUCUGAGGCCCGGUGGUUACUGGAUUCUCUCCGGCCCUCCGAUUCGCUGGAAGAAGUACUGGAGAGGCUGGGAAAGAACACAAGAGGACUUGAAAGAAGAACAAGACUCUAUUGAAGAGGUUGCCAGAAGACUGUGCUGGAAGAAAGUGGUGGAGAAGAAUGAUCUUGCAAUAUGGCAGAAGCCCAUCAACCACAUCCAAUGCAUCAAGAACAAAAAGGUCUUCAAAACUCCCCACAUUUGCAAGUCAGACAAUCCAGACGCUGCCUGGUACCGAAACAUGGAGUCAUGCAUAACUCCGUUGCCGGAGGUCAGUGGCCCGGACGAAGUAGCCGGCGGUGCAGUGGAGAUAUGGCCGGAGCGGGCAUUGGCCGUGCCGCCGAGAAUCAGCCAAUUCUGACCGCGACACUCUGGGCGUGAUAUACGAGCGCGGGUUCAUUGGAACGUACCAGGACUGGUGCGAGGCCUUCUCGACGUACCCCAGAACGUACGAUCUCAUCCAUGCCAAUGGCAUCUUCAGCAUAUAUCAAGACAGGUGUGAUAUAACUUACAUUCUACUGGAGAUGGAUAGGAUAUUGAGGCCAGAAGGGACAGUCAUUUUCAGGGAUACAGUGGAGGUGUUGGUGAAGAUUCAGACAAUUUCAGAUGGAAUGAGGUGGAAGAGCCAAAUUAUGGACCAUGAAAGUGGACCAUUCAACCCAGAGAAGAUUCUUGUGGCUGUCAAAACUUAUUGGACUGGUGAAGCCACGCAACAGCAAGAGAAACGACCAUAGUUCAAGAAGAAGAAGAGUAUUUUUUUUUCUCUUUUUUUCUUUUUUAAAUUUAUUUAUUUUACUCUCCAUAUCUUUCCCCACUUAGGUCUCUAUAUUUCUGUUCCUAUUUUGUAAUUUUCUAAGCAAAAUUUUGUUUCAAACAUUUAUAUCAUUUUGGAUAUCGUUCCGACUU